CUUCCUACACCCGCUUCGGCCUCUCUAGGACGUUCUUCAGUCGUGGAUGGAGAGACUGCGCUUUGUUCCGGUCAAGGCCGGAAGUAGACUACUGGCGGGCGUUGCCGUGGAAACGCGGCGCUGUUUACCACCGAGGAGGACCGGACCUGCAGCGAGGGAGCGAGAAGGGCUGCUGGAUGGAGCCGCUGCGAGGGUUGAAAAUCUGCAACUCCCAGGAGGUGCAGGCGGAGAUCCUCUCAGACUGACUGGCCUGUUUGAUCCUCUGGAGCUCUUGAGCCGUCAGUCCCUUUGAGCCGAUGGAGCAUCUUCUGCAUGUCUCCUGAAAAGCAAUGGCUGCUGCCUCGCACCUGAACAUCUCAUCCUCUGAACGGAAGACCUCCUUUGGCAUUGCGAAGCCUCCCAUCUGGCAGCCACACUCCCUCAGCAUGCAUGUCACCCGGCCAAAAUCUGCAAAGGGGCGCACGAGGUCCAACUUGAAUUACUCCCACAGCAUAGAAGCCUACUCCUACCAGGUGCCAUCGUCUCCUCAGCCAUUAGCUCCCUGCGAAGAUGCUGCAAGUGGCCGAAAGACCUCCUUGUCAACCCAGCAGCUGUACCAACCUGUUCAAGUGUUCCCUGCUGAAAUCCCGGAUCUCCUCCAGCAGGUGCCCAUGAGAACUUCCUCCUCCUUAAACAAGUACAGAGUGCUCCCAUCCAUCAGCAGGAAAGAACUGCGAAAGGGUGCCGUGGAGAUGAUGUCUGAGCAGGCUGCUCAGCUCCAAGGGAGUCCCCAACCAGAAGAGAAAGAGCAAGGCUUCAAAGAGCUUCUUCCCCUGGCAGGGAAAGCCUCCACCACUAUCAUAGCAAAACACAAAGGGGGCGGCGGAGAAUACGCUCAGAAUCCACCUCCUCUUCUGGAGACAAAGCCCCGAAGUAAAACAAGGGAAGGGGCCCAUCCUGUGCUGAAUUUGGAAGAGCCCAGCGAGAAGGAGCCGAGGUUGCUUCUUGCCAUCAGGUCUCCUUCAGGUCACAGGUUUGAGCGUCACUUCAGGCCGACGGACAGCUUGAAAACCGUCCUUACAGUGGCGGAGCAAAAGAACUCGGUCGUGUACAGACGCUGCAGCAUUGAAACAGUGGAAGUGCCUCGGAGGACCUUCGCGGACCUCACCAAGUCCUUGCAAGAGUGCGGGAUCCCUCACAAGUCAGUGUUGUGUAUCCUGCAGGAGGCGCAAGAGGGGGAGCUGUAAGUGUCCGGAGGCUGUUCUUUCCAUUAAAUGCCAUUGGAGAGUGGAUCUCCUUUAGAUCCAGCCGACGCCUUUUCUCUGGUGUAGCACUCUGGUAUAGCACCCCCCCCCCCCAGCUCUUCCCUGUGCAGGACCAUUUUGUUUCUUAAGCUUUGCAUUGAAAAUUUGCAUUGAAACCCCCACCCCACCCCCUCUCCCAGCUUCCCAUAUUCCCCAUUGCAUUUUGUAGGUUUGCCGAGUUGUUUUCAAGAUGGCCUGUUCUCCAGGGAAGUCUUACAAUCCUGAUUCCUUUAUUCCAGUGGAAGGGAUUGGUUUGUGAUAGAUCUUUUCCCCACACCAACGCGAGUUUUAAGAUGAGUGGACAGGGAAAGAUGAAUAGCUGCCCCCCUCCCCGAAUGUCUCUUGCACAAAUUCCAUUUAACGAUGUUGUCAUCCAUUUGCAAAACUUCUUUUCAGCAGGGGUUGUGCAGGAGAAGGUUCUGGUGAUUGUGACCAAUUCUUCUCUCUCUCCCCCCCCCCCGCCCCCAAGUUCUUCCAGUCAAGAUCCAAAUAGUUUUUUGCUUUGAUGGAAGUGCAACUGACCCCAACACUUGCUCUCUCUCGCCCAUGGAAAAAGCCAAGAUUUAUGAGAGCUGUAUUACCGGUAGUUCAGCCUACCAGUUUGUUGCUGUAUUGUUAAUCAAAUGUUCCUUUCUCAAGAUUAUGACACAAAUUAGACUGGAAAGAUCCCAGCUAAGUGGGCUUAUCCAGUGCAAAUUUGAAUGUUGAGUGUUGUUUGGCAACAGGUAACAGAACCUUUGCUUUUUUGAAACAAAAAUGAGUUAAUUGCAAACGUGUGUCGAUUUCUGUAUUCUGUUAUUAAUCGAGUUUUGCUUGGGGAUGACCAAGGGGCUUUUCCUAAAAGCUGCUUUCUCAUUUUUUUAAAAAAAUGAAUCUUAACCCGUUUGUGUUUAUCAAAAUGCCAUUUAUUUUCUUUUUUAAAAAUCUGUGUUUGAAUGUUUUUAAAAAAGCUUUCUGUUCACGUGCAGGAUUUGAAAUCUUAGUAUUAUUGAGGGGUUGGGGUGGGUUAAGCUCUGUAAGUACACAGCUUGCCAAAACAUUCUGCUUCCAAGUGUUAAUUCCUCUUUAUCCAAUUUCACUUUUGCCUUGCCGAGAUGGCCAAAUUAACCUUGGAGGUUGGUAGGAAAUUGACCUUCGUUUUGAUGGCAGCUGCUAAAAGUUAGGCCAGAGCCUGCAUCACUUUGACACAAAUGAGGAUUGGGCUGAGUGGGGUAGACAUUCCUCACCUCUUUGCUCUAACUCGAGAACAGCCAGCUUGGGGCCUUCCAGUUGCUGCUGGACUCCAGUUCCCAUCAUCCCCGACUAUUGGCCUUGCUGGCUGGGGCUGAUGGAAGGUGGAAUUCAGCAGCAGCUAUAGGGCCACCACAGUGGCCAUCUCUGCUCUCACAUCUUCACAGGCGAGACUAGUAGAGUGCCCAGCCUUGCUUCAGUUACAGCUACUGGGUUUCUCUCUUUGCAGAGGCCUGCCUUCCGCUUGCUUUUCCCACUUCUGAAACAUGAGUAGGUCCUUUGGGAAACAAGAGAUGCCUACAACAGCUAGGUGGAAUGAGGUGACGUUGUGUCAGUACCCCAAAGUGUGACACAUAUGGCAGAGAUGAAAUGCAGGGCAUCCUGGGCCAUCAGCACAAGACACCUGGGUGACAGGCAGCAAUGCCAUGUCUAGACAAGAUAUUAGCCUGCAGUCACAAGGCAAGGCCUGAUCCUGAGAGCCCACAUUCACCUUCCUGAUUCAUGCAGCAGGGUCAAGAAUGAUGGGGAAAACUUCCUGUUCUACCUAGCAGGGGUUAUAGUGCAGAGAGAUAAAGAAGAGAGUUGUAUGAGCUGCCUGCUUUGCUCCAAGUUUGCUUGACCAGCAGCAUCAUGGGUGUGGGGCAUAAAAUGCGUUUUCUUCACCCAAGGGGAGCAGUGGCAGUGGUCUUGCUUAGAAGUCAUUCCAGCUUAGGGUCAGUUUCUACAUGGCAUAGGUUCAAGCGGCGAAGCUUCCCUUGGACUGCAUCAUUUGCCUCCCCAUGCACUCAGUAAAUCAUCUCUGGGAGGCUACUGGUCUAACUCCCAAUUCCCUCUUUGUCUCAUAGAAGAGUAUUGUCAAACCCUGUCCCCAGCCCGAGAAGGCAGUCCAGAAAGACUUCACCACUUGAUUCUGCUCCAUAUAUGAAGCUGUCACCUAUGUGACAGCACUAUUCCAUAUAUCGGCAGAUGACCUCUGGGCUGUGUGAACAAAUGCUGACUUUUGGUUUUCUGAUUUUGGGGAGGGGAGCCCUCUCAGGGUAGAGGGGAGCCGGAUAUUUUCAGAAUUACAGCUGCAAGGACCAUUGAAAGGAACCUGGAAUCUGAUGGCCUGAAAGCUUGUCUCCCCCAUGGGAGCAGUAGAAAAAGAAAAACCUGGAAAAUGUCAAGGGGAAAAAACAGCCAAGGCUUAAAGCAAUGGAACAGUUUCCUGGAUGGAGGGUGAGAAAGUAUGCUUUUUGCACUUCAGUAUAAUUUGAAUAUAUGUUGUGUGUGCUGUUAGAUACAAUAAAUAUAUUCUGGGUGUACUGGACUAGUUUUGUCCAGGCAAGUGUUCAUUUUGAGUGCCUAAUUUUUUAGUGUUGCAAGAUUAACCAUUUGGAACACGAACACACACACACACACACACACACACACACACACACACACACACAAACGAUACUUGGGUGGGUAACUGAGCAGGCACCAAAGGUCCCCCCCCUUUUAUAGUUUCUAUCCCACUUUCCUUCUUGACAGAAGGAAAUGGUAAGGACAUUGGACCAGCUCAAAGAGGUGUCUUCAUCAAAGAUCUGGUGCUUAACAGCAACCAUCCCAAUACCCCUUAGCACAAAGGUAACACAGCCAUCUUUACCUGUGUUGUCAAACAAACCAGGCUGCUUUUAAGUAUUAGCCCUACUGAAGAACAGAUACAUUGAAAUUGAUGGGACAUAGUUAGAUCCUGCCCAGCAUAUCUAAUGCAUCCUGUUAGUGCAAGGAUUUUAAUUUGCACACUAGGAAUCUGCUCUGUGGUUUCCCAUUUGGAGAGGACACAGGGCCCAUAUAGGGAGCGCGAGAAUGUCCAUUGCACAAAUUGAAAUCCUUGCACUGAUGGAACCAAGUUAGUUGGGUACACCCAUUGGUUUCAAUAGUAGAUUUAAGUUGGAGACAACUCCUGAAUCCCAUUUUCCAUUACUUCUGCUCUCUCCCAUUAACUCUGAUGGUCUCCAGAACUAUCAGUUAGUUUUUAUGUUUUCCAAAAAAGAAGUAGUAAACAACUAUGGCUGAUGUAGCAAGGAAUCUUGUUUUGACCCACCACAGUCUAAUCUAGCAGGGACUCAUCAAUUUCAGUCUCCUAUAGCAGGGGUCAGCAAACUUUUUCAGCAGACCUUUUUCAAACUGUCCCUCAGACCUUGUGGGGGUCUGGACUAUAUUUUGAGGUGGGGAAAUGAACGAAUUCCUAUGCCCCACAAAUAACCCAGAGAUGCAUUUUAAAUAAAAGGACACAUUCUACUCAUGUAAAAACAUGCUGAUUCCCGGACUGUCCGCGAGCCAGAUUUAGAAGGCAAUUCGGCCAGAUCUGGCCCCCGGGCCUUAGUUUGCCUACCCAUGUCCUACAGAAAGUCAGAUCAUUGGUCAGUCUAGCUCAGGGGUCAGCAACCUUUUUCAGCCGUGGGCUGGUCCACCGUCCCUCAGACCAUGUGGUGGGUCAGACUAUAUUUUGGGAGAGAAAAGAAUUCCUAUGCCCCACAAAUAACUCAGAGAUGCAUUUUAAAUAAAAGCACACAUUAUACUCAUGUAAAAGCACCAGGCAGGCCCCACAAAUAACCCAGAGAUGCAUUUUAAAUAAAAGGACACAUUCUACUCAUGUAAAAACAUACUGAUUCCUGGACAGUCCGCGGGCCAGAUUGAGAAGGAGAUUGGGCCGUAUCCGGCCCCCGGGCCUUAGGUUGCCUACCCCUGGUCUAGCUCAUUAUUGUCUACACUGACAAUAAACCUUAAGAUGUAUACAAACUACAGCCUUUAAGACUUAAACAUGAGACCCACCUCAUCUUGCCCAGUUUACUCAACAUCCCUCCUGAAAUACAGUCCUGGGAUAAUUUUUUUAACUUGUUAUUUUGCAAUGUUUUAGUUGGCCAUGCUGCAAUGAAAUUGCUUGCCUUGAUGCUUUCCUUACCCCCCCCCCCGCGCCCCCCAUUCCCAGUCCAGUGCUGCAAAGCUAGUUGUUAAUACAGACACACACAAUUGUCAACUCUGGCUGAAAAAAAGUAGUCUAUCUGAAUGAGAAAGGCAGCCAGGACUACAUUUCAGUCUUUUGGGUUCUUUAUUCCAACUGAAAAGUACAUUAGGAAAACCACGCGGGCCCACCCAUCUUCUAUUCAAGACCAGCACAAUGCUCUCCAUAUUGUCACUCGGCAGUUCUACAUAAAGAAAGUGGUUGAAUAGCCUCUGCCACAAAAAAGCACACACUCAGCUGCCCCCCUUGCAAGGAAGAAAAAUAGAUAUAUCCUGGUAAAGUUGGUAUGUAUUUUUUAAAUGGCUCCACCACUUUUAAAGCCAUUUAACACAAAUUGAUUGGAGUCUGCAUUUGUCCACUUCCUAAAGUAUAUAUUUAUAUUUAGAUUCCACAUUUCCAUCAUUGAACAGAAGUUAACAACUGAAAUGUUUUUUUAAAAUAAUUAAAAUGCCAUUUUAAAAAAGGAUAUGGAUAUAUCCACAAAAUUUACCAUUUAUUAGGUUUUUUUUAUUUUAAAGAUUCCUGUGCCAAGUAGGGGGUUGUCCCGAUCCUCCAACUGUCAUGAGGUCGGGGAAACCGCCCCCCUUUCAAGAAAAAACAUACUUAAAAACUGCAUUAGUAUAAGAAGUCUUUGGCCCCACAUUGCAUCCCUUUUCCUGCCUGACCACAUUAACUUUUCAGUCUUACACUGCUAACCAAGCUCCCUUUUUGCUGUGCUGCAACAGAAGUUAGUCUCAAUUGGCCUGAAUUAGCCGAGACAGAUGUCCGCCAUUCCCUGUUCUAGAUGGAUUCCUUUGAGCCCUUGUUUCAGAAGGGCACAAAGAUAAGGCUGAGCUUCCCCUGCCUCCAGAUCAGCUGCUACAGAGGCUAGGAAUACAACUUGGCCUAUUAGACAGAGUCUACCCUGGCAAUUGGAAUUGUCAUACCUGUCUAAAAUGCAGCCUGCUGGCAGAUUUUACGAUGGGAAUGAAACAAGGCCAAGGAAAGAGAUUAUCCUGGCUUUGCAGUUGCAUUGCUAGAGUAAGAGCCAUCCGUUGCAAUCCUUUUCCUUGGGUGGUGGUGGGGGGCAUGCAACCAACAAAUCUUUAAUAUCCGCUCCUCUACUAUUUCAUUGCUCCUUGCUUGCAAAGUGCAGAUCCGCCUGAUACUCUGACGUAACGGAGGACUUGCUGAUUAACCUCUUCAUCCCUUUUCCUGACCGAAGUAGUGCAGGUUGUCUUUUCUGGUAUGGCAGAACUGAUAUACACCCUACACUCGCUGUGCUAAAUUGGCAUCCUUCGUCACAACAGCAUUUUAAAUGCAAAGACAGCUCCAUGGGUACCACAAAGGCUGGCAUGACCAUGCAUUUACUGAGAGCCAAAAGAGACUCCUGCACCUGAAGCAAUGAGGAGGCAGGCUCGCAAAGGGUGCCUGACCUUCCAAAAUCUACAGCAGAUACUGCCUCUGCCAACCCUGUGAACCAAAAAUAAAAA